AAGAUGGAGUUAAUACAGUUAAUCUUGCUGUUCUUGUUGUUUUGGAUCGGAGCCGAGGCUGUGAUUAACCUCAAAUAUGGAAUAAACGAGGAGAUGAAGCCCGGAUCUGUGAUUGGGAACGUGACGAAGGACGCACUAAAGCAGGGAUUUCAGAUUGCACCGCAGCCUCCGUACCUGAGGGUGAUUUCUAAUUCCGAGCCGCGAUGGGUGGAACUGAGCCCGGGCGGAAUCCUUACAACCCAAAUGAAAAUCGACCGGGACGUAGUUUGUCGACAAAACCCAAAGUGCAUUAUUUCCCUGGAAGUGAUGUCAAACUCUAUGGAAAUCUGCGUCAUCAAAGUUGAAAUAGAGGAUUUGAAUGAUAACGCACCCAGAUUCCCCACUAGCCACAUUGACAUUGAAAUUUCUGAAAACGCCGCCCCUGGUACUCGCUUUCCCCUAGAGGGGGCAAGCGAUCCGGACUCAGGUGUCUUCGGAGUGCAGUCCUAUUCCAUCACUCCCAAUGAGCUGUUCGGACUAGAAAUCAAGACCAGAGGCGACGGCUCCAAGAUUGCAGAGCUUGUCGUGCAGAAAUCACUGGACAGGGAAACCCAAUCACAUUAUACAUAUGAACUGAGCGCAGAGGAUGGAGGGGACCCGCCAAAAAUAGGCGCGGUCCAGUUAAACAUCAGAGUAAUAGACUCCAAUGAUAACAAUCCAGUGUUUGACGAGCCAGUGUACACAGUCAAUGUAAUGGAGAACUCUCCCGUUAAUACUAUAGUGAUAGACUUGAACGCCACAGAUCCGGACGAGGGCACUAAUGGAGAGAUUGUGUACUCUUUUAACAGUUACGUCACUGAGAAGACAAGGGACGCUUUCAAAAUUGACCCGAGAACUGGGGUCAUUACUGUCAACGGCGUUUUGGAUUAUGAGAGCACACAAAUCUACGAAAUAGACGUUCAAGCCAAAGAUCUGGGUCCCAACUCCAUCCCUGCCCACUGCAAAGUCACAGUCAACGUGAUGGAUAUGAACGAUAACCCGCCCGUCAUCAGCCUGCUGUCACUCAACACGGAGAUGGUGGAAGUUAGCGAGAACGCACAGAGAGGAUAUGUCAUUGCGUUAGUGAGAGUGUCCGAUAAGGACUCGGGGGCGAACGGCAAAGUGCAGUGCAGGCUCCAGGGCAAUGUUCCGUUCAGGCUGCAAGAAUACGAGAGCUUUUCCACUAUACUUGUGGAUGGCAGACUUGACAGGGAGCAGAAGGACACGUAUAACCUCACUAUACAAGCAGAGGACAGUGGUAUACCUCCUUUACGCGCCACCAAAUCCCUCGUAGUUAAAGUUACCGACGAGAACGACAACCCUCCCCUUUUCUUAAAGCCACACUAUCAAGAGAUGGUCAUGGAGAAUAACUUGCCCGGGUCCUGCCUGUUGGAGGUGGCAGCUGAGGACCCGGAUUUAGGCAUGAAUGGCACUGUGUCAUACUCCAUAGUCCCCGGUGAAAUAAAGCACAUGGAUGUAAACACGUACGUGAGUAUCAACCCAUCAGGCAGAAUCUAUUCCAUGAGAUCAUUUGACCACGAGUACACCAGGACUUUUGAUUUUAAAGUUUUGGCCCGGGACAAUGGCAAUCCAUCACUGUCCAGCAACGCCACUGUUCGCAUUGUUGUCCUGGAUGUGAACGAUAACACCCCCGUCAUGACUAACCCCCCUUUGGUCAAUGGCACCGCUGAGGUCUCCAUCCCUCGGAACGCGGGAGUGGGCUACAUGGUGACCCAGGUAAAAGCGGACGACUACGACGAGGGGGAGAACGGGAGACUGACGUACACGAUUUCAGAAGGAGACAGGGCUUAUUUUGAGAUAGACCAGGUGAACGGAGAGGUGAGGUCCACGCGGUUGUUUGGAGAAAGCGCCAAAUCCACCUAUGAGAUCACUGUGGUGGCUAGGGACCACGGGAAGCCCGCCCUCUCCGCGUCGGCCUACAUUGUUGUCUACCUUUCCCCGGAUUUGAAUGCACAGGAGUCUAUUGGACCAGUCAACCUGUCCCUCAUCUUCAUCAUCGCCCUGGCUUCUAUAGCAGCCAUCCUCUUCGUCACCAUGAUCUUUGUGGCUGUUAAGUGCAAGCGGGACAACAAGGAAAUCCGGACGUACAACUGCAGUUUCUUCUACUUGCGCAGGGUGGCGGAGUACUCCUACGGCAACCAGAAGAAGUCCAGCAAAAAGAAAAAGCUCAACAAGAAUGACAUCCGCCUGGUGCCGCGCGACGUGGAGGAGACCGACAAGAUGAAUGUGGUGAGUUGCUCCUCUCUCACCUCCUCCCUCAACUACUUCGACUACCACCAGCAGAGCCUGCCCCUGGGCUGCAGGCGUUCCGAGAGCACCUUCCUAAACGUGGAGAACCAGAACUCCCGGAACGCUGCCCCUAACCACGGCUACCAGCACCCCUUCCCCGGACAAGGUCAUCAGCAGCCAGACCUGAUCAUCAACGGCAUGCCCCUGCCCGAGACCGAGAACUACUCCAUCGACACCAGCUACGUGAACAGCAGAGCCCAUCUCAUUAAAAGCACGUCCACCUUCAAAGACCUGGAGGGAAACAGCCUGAAGGACAGCGGGCACGAGGAGAGCGACCAGACAGACAGCGAGCACGACGUCCAGAGAGGCCACUACGUCGACACGGCGGUCAACGAUGUGCUCAACAUGACGGCGCCCCCUAAUGUGUGCCAGCUGCCAGAGCAAGAUUCCAAUGAAGGCUUCCACUGCCAGGAUGAGUGCCGUAUCCUUGGACACUCUGACCGCUGCUGGAUGCCACGCGUGGCUGUGCCGGCCCGUGCCAAGUCACCAGAGCACUCUCGUAAUGUCAUCGCCCUGUCCAUCGAGGCCACUACAGUGGACGUGCCACACUACGAGGAUGGCACCAUCAAAAGGACUUUUGCCACCUUUGGCAAGGACGGCCAUGAAGAUGUGGAGCGGGGCGAUCUGAAGGGGAAGCGGACUCAGGAGUCUCAGGUGUGCAGCCCUAAGGCCAAUGGAGGGGCUGUGCGAGAGGCAGGGAAUGGACGUGAGGCGGCCAGCCCCAUCACCUCCCCUGUGCACCUGAAGAGUCCAGUGUCCAAACCCUGCCCCUCCGCCUACAACACACUCAAGUGUCGCGAUGCCGAGCGCAUCGCUAACCACAGCCUGCUGCGGCAGCCUGAGGGCAAGGACAGUGAGCCGUCUGUGAGGGAGAUCAACACUCUCCUCCAGGACGGCCGGGACAAAGAGUCCCCCAGCACCAAGCGCCUCAAAGACAUAGUGCUUUAGCCUGGACUGGAUGGGCUCACUCACGUUUAGAAACCCGCAAUAGCUGUGCGCACAGGAGGCCGGCCUGCUGCAGAGACACACCCAUGUGCAGUGUACAGUGUCCAGUCCGUCUUCUGAUGG